AAAAAGAUCUAUCUCAUUUUAUUUACACAUUGACAUACUCCAAUAGACGGAAGCAAUAUUUUCUCUCCCUCCAUCGUUUCAUCCCUGCGUUGGUCACUCUAUACCCUUCACAGCCCCACCCACACUGUUCAUCCUUCGAAUUCGCUGCUACGAUGCCAACUUCUCCCUCAGAUAAUCGCCACAAAAGGCGGAAAGCAAGGGGGCCGAAGAUUACGAAAAGGCACCGUGGUAUUGACGAUGAAGAAGAAGAUGAAGAAGAAGAUAACGAUGUUGCAAUUGAGGCAGAUGAAGAUGAGGACCUUCAUCCAAACCCUAAGAAUGUUCAAAACCCUAGAAUUGAACCAGAAGUGAUUUCCAGCAGUUCUGUUAAAAUCUCGGACUUCCCUGCCGCUGUAAAGUAUAAUGUGAACCGGCCUCAUUCCUCGGUCUUGGCAAUUGUUGCUGCUGAGAGAUAUAGAGAUCAUAAGGCGCAGCCUCUUGCUGUUUUGGAGAAUAUAUCGUAUGGGCAGUUACAGGUGUUGUCUGCUGUGCCAGCUGAUAGUUCUGCUUUUGGUAGUUCAAGUUUAGGGGACCAGGAUAGUCCUGUUGUGAUUACACCCCCACCUAUUAUGGAGGGCCGGGGCUUGGUAAAGAAGUUCUGGAACAGGCCCCACCUUCUUCCGUUUCACGCAGAGUGGUUUCAACCUACAACGGUGCACAGGUUAGAAAGGCAAGUGGUGCCACAUUUUUUUUCUGGCAAGGCUGCUGAACUUACUCCCGAGAAGUAUUUGGACUAUCGUAAUUCAAUUGUUGCUAAAUAUAUGGAAAGCCCGGAGAAGAGGUUAUUAAUUGGUGAUUGCCAAGAAUUGAUUGUUGGUGUUGAUAAAGAAGAUCUCAGUCGAAUCUUUCGUUUCCUAGAUCAUUGGGGCAUCAUUAACUACUGUGCUCCUCUGCCUCCUCAUGAUUCUUGGAGCGUUGAGUCAUAUCUAAAAGAGGAUCCCAAUGGUGAAGUUCAUGUACCAGCAGCUAUGUUGAAGUCCAUUGAUAGUCUUAUAAAGUUUGACCUUCCAAAAGCUAGGUUGAAGUCUUGUGAUGUGUCCUCAUCUUUGAUACCAAACUUCGAUGAUCAUGCUGACUUGGACAGUAGAAUACGAGAAAUGUUGUCAGAAAGCCACUGUAAUUUUUGUUCCCAACCCCUGUUGGUUGCGUAUUAUCAGUCGGUUAAGGAGGCUGAUACAUUGCUGUGUUCAGAUUGUUACCAUGAAGGGAGGCUUGUUAUUGGUCAUUCAAGCAUAGAUUUUACCAAGGUAGACCCGACAAAAGAGAGUGGUGAUCAACAAGAUGGGGAAAGUUGGACUGAUCAGGAAACCCUCUUACUACUGGAGGCUCUUGAAAUCUAUAAUGAUAAUUGGAAUGAAAUAGCUGAGCAUGUUGGAACUAAGUCCAAAGCGCAAUGCAUUCUCCACUUUCUUCGUUUGCCUGUGGAGGACAGCUUACUAGGAAAAGUGGAAGUUCCAAGCUCCUGCAGUAAAACUAAUGGGAUACUAAAGGACAAAAUCAGCAGAUCUCAUCUGAAUGAAAAUGGUGUAUCAUCAGGGCAUCAAGAUCAUGAUUCUGAUUCAGAAAUUAGGUUUCCGUUUGUGGAUUCUGCAAAUCCUGUCAUGGCUUUGGUUGCAUUUUUGACUUCUGCUGUGGGUCCUAGAGUAGCUGCUGCGUGUGCACAUGCUGCUUUGGAAGCUCUCUCAGAGGAUGAUGGUUUAUCGAAUGGUAAUAGGAUGGACUUAGAUGAUGGGCCUGUGGAAGUGAGAAACGGCAAUCAGUCAAUAGACAAUGUAAAUUCCGAAACCUCUUCAUUACCUGCUGAGAAAAUCAAAUUUGCUGCGAAAGCUGGUCUUGCUGCUGCAGCAAUGAAGGCAAAACUGUUCGCAGACCACGAAGAGCGAGAGAUACAAAGGCUUUCUGCUAAUAUAAUAAAUCAUCAGCUAAAGAGGUUGGAAUUGAAGCUGAAGCAGUUUGCUGAAGUGGAGACCUUAUUAAUGAAGGAAUGUGAACAAGUGGAGAAAACAAGGCAGAGGCUGGCUGGAGAGAGGGCUCGGGCAUUAGCAACUAGAUAUGGACCUAGUGGAACUGGAGCUGGAGCUGGAGCUGCCCCAAUGGGUUUACCUGGUGUUGCUCCUCAAGCUAACAAUAACGUAAGCAUCAGCAGACCACCGAUUGUGUCACCAUCUGCUUCACAGCAUAAUGUUUCUGGUUAUUCCAAUAGCCAAGUCAAUCAUCCACAGAUGUCAUUCUUACAACGUCAGCAAAUGUUCUCUUUUGGGCCUCGAUUACCACUUUCAGCCAUACAACCCUCGUCCCCAGGGUUGCCUGCAAAUGUCAUGUUUGGUGCUCAAGGAAGCGAUCAAUCUUCUCCGAGUCAUCCACUAUUGAGACCUGUACCAGGGACAAGCUCAGGCAUGGGCUGAAGGUUAUGACGAGAGAUUGAGUCUAUUUGAUUUGCUGAUCUGUUGAAGAAUUUAAACGGGUCACAUCGUGGAUGGGUAUUCAUUUGGUUCUUUUUCCUACAACAGAGCUUUGGGUUAGAUGGAAAUGAGCAAUCGGUUCAAACGGUAAUCGUGUUUGUUCUUAUUCGUAUUGUUAUCUUUUAGCUUGUUUUUCUUUUCCUCAAUAGUCAAGAAUCUAGAGUUAGGCGAAUGUUUUAAUGUGCUAAUUUGCUGUAUAGUUCCUCAUGGUUUAAACAAUCAAUUAGAUGAAGGGAGUGCUAUUCUGACUUUACAUUCUAACUAUUCUAAGCUAGGUAUUUUUGUAAUCUAUCUAUUAUUUUGAGUCAAGAUUGAUGACAAUAUUAAUGAGUAUUCUCGUUUUUCCUGUAA